CCUAGUUUCAUUUCACUUUUCCUCCUAACUUUCUAGAAAAUACUGUUACCAAACAUACCAAAUAAAGAUGGAUGUACCAAAGAAUUUGCACCUACACACAUCAAACAAUGACAGCAUUACUGAAGACUUGACGGCAAAUGCUUCUUCGCUGGGGGAUAACGAUUCCUGCUCUUCAUCCUUUGUGUCACAACAGAACUCUGUAACAUCACCAACAGAUCAACUCCAGCCUGUGUUAAGAUACAGUAGAAGCAGCAGUACAGAUAGCACAGAUUCCCAGGAUAGAGGGGAGAUCAAGUCUGUAGUGAGAGUGAAGGACCCUACACUAGAUUUCUCUCCUCUCAUGGCCUUACUGCAGCCUCACACAGAUCUCAAUAAGCCUCCAGCUAACUGGUUAAGGAGGAGGUCACUCCCCCAACAGCAGAAGACUAGGCAGUUUCUGUGGCCAAAAAGAGUUUCAAGUUUUGCAAUGGCAAACAAUGCAUUAGACCUUACAGGAGAAGUUGAUGUGAUCUCACAAGCUAAGAAUAUCAAGAAACUGCUGAAGAUGCCGUUUUCGUCCAAGUCCCAGAUCAGUAUGAUGGUUCACAAGGUAGACAACUCCCUUCUGAUUGAUGACUUUGAUAUCCACAAAAACCUACUGAGAAAACAGAAGGAUGACUGGAAAUGGUUGCGAGAGUUUUACUUGGAGUCAGUAAAGAAAGACAUGCAGGUGAAAUGUGUGCCAAAGAAAAAGAAGACCAGAGACUAUCUCCAGAAUAAGAACAUGCUUUCUAAGUUUCUGUACAGAAGUGUACAAGAAGCUUUGAAUUCAGGAGAAUCGCUGCCAGUUUCUACAUUAAACAGAGAUGUUAGUGAGCAGGACGAUUUUUCAGAAGACUUGUUUGGACAGCACCGAGAACUGAUCUGGACGUUUGAGAACAUUCAGAUGUUAAUUGGCACAGAUUUACCUAUAUUUACACGUGGCACUAAUUACCCAUGUGUAAGUCUAAGAUUAAGGGAUAUGAACACCCCUAUUAACGUCCUGACAGGAUUGGACUAUUGGUUGGAUAACCUGAUGUGUAAUGUCCCAGAGGUGGCCAUGUGCUUCCAUGUAGAUGGUAUUGUACAGAAAUAUGAGCUGCUAAAGACAGAGAAUAUUCCUAAUCUCAAGGACUCAGAGUUUGAUCCCCAUAUGGUGACGGACAUUGCCUGUAAUAUAUUGUCUUUCCUAAAAUCCAAUGCCACCAAGGAGGGUCAUACAUACUGGUUAUACAAAGGAGUGGACGAUGAUGUGGUCAAGCUGUAUGACCUGACGUCGUUAGCAGACAGCCAGGAGGACCAGUCUAACCCCUUCACUGUCCCUCUGGGCAGACUGCUCUACCGCGUAGCCUGUAACAUGUGGAGAAAUGGAAACAAGAGCAGACGAAAAAUCCAACUGCUGUUGGAAAACUGUCUCCUGCUGUUAGAUGAAGAGAAGCAUUCACAGAUAUGUACUUCAGCCCACUACCUCCUCUCAGAUGUUGUAGUGCCAGACGCUAUUAUACAAGAUGGCUGGAAAGACAACAAUGAGAAAGACUCUGAUGGAGAGGAAACCAACACCCAUUCUAAACAGUCAGAUAAUUCAGACAUAGAAGAUGAACAGUUUACAUCGGUAACAUUAAAAUCACUGUGUGAUAAGAAUAGCUACAGGAAACAGGCAAACCCAACUAAGAGCACACCGGUGGUGACUGAGGUCAAGAGUUCAAAGGUCAUGGCUGAUGUCACAGAGAGAUGUCUGGAUGCAGUUAAGCAUACCACAAAGGGAUUACUGUGUCUAGAUAAAGACUUCACCAUACAGAUCCGAAAAAACAAGAACAUAGUGGAAGAACAAAUGACUUGUAACAAAAACACGGCAAUACCCCUGCACUACGAACCCCUUCAGAAAUCAGCACCACCCCAUAAUGACACGGAACCACCCCUUCAUGACAAAGACCAGUCAGUGGUGGAAACCGAGAGCUCCCUGACGUGGCACCGCACCCUCAAGGUCCUCCUGCUGAAGAAAGCCGCUGUGGCGCUGUACACACUGGCCAGAGGAGCCGCAGUAGAAUACAAGGCGGGGAAAAGUCUACGUCUCCUGAAAAUUUCACUCCAGUGCUUUGAUGCCAUGAAAAUUCUGCUGCCUGAGAGAGCCACAGAGAACAGUGAGCUGUUGAGUGCGAUGUUAAGUCUGGCUGGGGACGUUUUGCUGCUCUGUGUUCACCAGAAUCUCAGUCUCCACUCAGUGACGGAGGACAUGGUUAAUUACUCCGAGGAUGAAAUCUGUCUGUCUGAAAGUGUAUCCAGGGAACUGGAAAGUUUUGAGUAUGAUUGGGUGUUUGAGCUUAAAAUAGGUGAUAUAGAGGGCUGUCUAAUCCAGUGCUGUAAGUGUUACCAAGAAGCUCUGGAUGUUCUCAAAGCCUCCAGUGACAAACCUGAUUCUGUGAUAUUCCUACGGAAACGCUUUGCCAACAUUAAGAAUGAGCUGGGUGUAUGGUAUAUGAACCAAGCCCAGGUCUGCCUUCAAACAGAUGAUCCUCCAUUUCCUAGUGCUAGAAUGGAAAGUCUUUGCCAAAAAUCAUUGUCAGCAUUGGAGGAGGGUGUGACUGUAUUUGCGAGUUUGUCUGAUAAACCUAACGCAGCCCUUCUGUACACAAACAAGGGACGGCUGAUGAGACUGUACGCCCAGGCUCACACUCAGAACACAAUGAGACUGGAAAAUCCACAGUUCAGUGAUGUGGAACGUAGAUAUUUUAAACAGGCAGUUGACUGCUACACCAAAGCCCUGGAAUGUCUACAUGGAGGUCAUUAUACCGAGAUUUGGGAGUCUGUCUGCUGGGAAAUGUCAACCUGUUUCUUCAACAUGGCUAUUCUCCUUCAGGAUUACGUGCCAUUACAGGAGUAUACUCAAGAUGAGGUUGAGAAGGAGGUUGUAGAUUUGAUGAUGAAAUCUCUAAAGUACUGUAAUGUGGACAUUAAGUCAGCCAAGCAGCCUAUGUGUCAGUACCGAGCCGCAAACAUCCACCAUCGUCUAGCUUCUCUGUAUCACAACUCUCUACGAAACCAGCAGAAUUCUGAACAGAGGAAGAAGUACCUUCGACAUCUGACAGAGACACAUUACAGGAAAGCUGAGAGUUUCUUCUCCUUGUUAGAAUGUCACACAGAGCUUCUCCGAGUUUUGUUAGAGCAGGUGGCUUUGUGGGAGUACAUAUUGCAAGGUCUGACUAAUACAAAAAUACAGCUGAAGACAUUAAUGUCAGCCGUCAGGUGCUUGUUGGAAUGUCGAGGGGUACUGGGACACAUGAUCAAACAGCUGGAUGACCCUGAUGUAUGUGAUAAGGUCCAGUCUGAGGGGACAAGCCUGACAGACAUAUUGGAGUCCAGACUACAGUUUAUACUGCUGCAUCUCAUCAAAUGCUACAAAACCAACAAACUAAGUAAACCAAGCAAUGUUUUGAAGACAAAGACACUCUAUAGAAAAAGCCUAGAAAACAAAGAGUCCCUGAAAUCAUCUACAGUGAAGACUCGCUGGAGCCAUCUUGUCCAGUUAUUAGAGGAACUUCAGUCUCUCAAAGAAGACAUUAUGCCUAAAGAGUCCGAGUUUACAUAAACCUUUACUGUCAGAGGAUGGAGUCUUGCCAUCUUUUCAACUUUGAUUUUCUCUUCUAUGUAAAAUGUUUAUUUCAUUUGACAUAAAUGGAUCUAAAAAAUUUUCAACUACAUUAUUUGUCUUUCAAAUUGGAUGUGCAAUUGUUUGGAAAGUAAUUUAUUUAUUUAUUUUAUUUUUUUUUUUUUGAGGAGGCACAAUUA